GCAGCUUGUACUAGGAAAGGUUCCAGGUAGUUCAGCAACGAGGAGUGGUCUAGCAGAAUAAGUCAAGCCUUCAGGUUAUGGAAUUACUGUUGCCCCAACAUAUCCAGGGUGUUGAGCACAAGGGCUGAGGGAGAACUCGCCCGACUGUGGGUGCCCACCACGGAGAUGGGGAGGGUCAUGUCCCCCAUCCUCUGGCUUACGGUUUGAACGGAGUGGCCCUUUUCCCCCUGGGAAGCCGUUGGGCCUGUCUCACUGCUCAUCUCAGGCUCCAGAAGUCUGAGACAUUCUCGCCCGCAGUCUUCUCAACUCUGACCCUUCCUCUGUCAUACCUGCUACGCCACCACUUUACUGGACCUCUCACUUCCUCUGCCUCCUGACCCUCAGCCUCUGCAGCUCUCACCCAGGGGCUGCUUUGCCCCUAAUAUCACAAACCCUACAUUUUAUCUCAUGUCCCAGCCCAUUUUGGCCAGAAGAACCAUCUGCACCAUCCUCCCUGUGGUCAUCCGCCCCCGAUGACCUUGGUGCUGUGCUCAUGAUUACGCUUGGGCACCCGCUUUCCAUUUGCGGUGACACGUUACAUGGGGGAUGGGUGUGCCACGGCUCUGGCCGUUCCGCCUACCCCACGGACGCUCGCGCCUGUCACCGACAGUGGCAGCGUCUUCACAGUCCCCGGGCAUCCGUGCUCCGGUUUUCCUCCCACCUGCCCUAGUCUGCUCUGACUCUGCCGCGAGCCUCUGGGCCACAGCCUUUUCACUGUCCCUGGCCACCUUGGGCCGGGCCGGGUUGGGCGGGUCGUCUUCGCUGCUGCUCGCCGUCAGCUGCGGCCCGCUUCCCAAAGCCGCUGCCGGCGAGCGGAGCAGGCUCCGCUCCGGGCAUGCGCCACAGGGCGCCGGGGCGGGGGCGGGUGUGGGAAGGGAGCGGGGUGCGCAUGCGCGGCAGCGCGAGGGCAGCUGGGGCCGGAAGUGUAUGCGUCGGUGCCUGCGGGCUCCGGGACCGACGGGAGCGGUGAAGGCUGGGUCGCUAGCGCGGUCCCGGAGCUGCCUGCCCCGUCAUGGGCCUCCUGUCGGACCCGGUGCGGCGGCGCGCACUCGCCCGCCUCGUACUGCGCCUCAACGCGCCGCUCUGCGUACUAAGCUACGUGGCGGGCAUCGCCUGGUUCCUGGCGCUGGCUUUCCCACCGCUUACCCAACGCACUUACAUGUCGGAGAACGCCAUGGGCUCCACCAUGGUGGAGGAGCAGUUUGCUGGCGGAGACCGUGCGCGGGGCUUCGCCCGGGACUUCGCUGCUCACCGCAGGAAGUCGGGAUGGUGUCGGGCACCAACGUGUACGGCAUCCUGCGGGCCCCUCGCGCUGCCAGCACUGAGUCCUUGGUACUCACUGUGCCCUGUGGUCCUGACUCUACGAACAGCCAGGCAGUGGGGCUGCUGCUGGCACUUGCUGCCCACUUCCGAGGGCAGAUUUAUUGGGCCAAAGACAUCAUCUUUCUGGUGACAGAACAUGACCUUCUUGGCACUGAGGCUUGGCUUGAAGCUUAUCAUGAUGUCAAUGUCACUGGCAUGCAGUCAUCCCCACUGCAGGGCCGGGCUGGAGCCAUCCAGGCGGCUGUAGCCCUGGAGCUGAGCAGUGAUGUGGUCACUAGCCUUGAUGUGUCUGUGGAGGGGCUCAAUGGGCAGCUGCCUAACCUCGACCUGCUCAACCUCUUCCAGACCUUCUGCCAGAAGGGGGGACUGCUGUGCACACUACAGGGCAAGCUGCAGCCCCAGGACUGGACAUCGAUAGAUGGGCCACUGCAGGGUCUGCAGACACUGCUGCUCAUGGUUCUGCAGCAGGCCUCUGGCCGCCCCCGCGGCCCCCAUGGCCUCUUCCUCCGCUACCGUGUGGAGGCUCUAACCCUACGUGGCAUCAAUAGUUUCCGCCAGUAUAAAUAUGAUCUGACGGCAGUGGGCAAGGCCCUGGAGGGCAUGUUCCGCAAACUCAACCACCUUCUAGAGCGGUUGCACCAGUCCUUCUUCUUCUACCUGCUUCCUGCGCUCUCCCGCUUCGUCUCCAUCGGCCUCUACAUGCCAGCUGCUGGCUUUUUGCUCCUGGUCCUUGGUCUCAAGGCUCUGGAACUGUGGAUGCAGCUGCAUGAAGUUGGAGCAGGCCCUGAGGAGACUCGGGGGGCCUCUGGACCCAGCUCUCCCCCCUCCCUAGCACAGGGCAUGGGGCUGGCCUCGCUUGUGGCGCCCUUGCUGAUCUCACAGGCUGUGGGCUUGGCCCUCUAUGUCCUGCCAGUACUGGGCCAGCAUGUAGCUGCCCAGCACUUUCCUGUGGCUGAGGCUGAGGCCGUGGUGCUGACCUUGCUGGCUAUCUACGCAGCUGGUUUGGCCCUUCCACACAACACUCACCGGGUGGUGAGUGCACAAGCCCCGGACAGGGCCUGGAUGGCCCUGAAGCUGGUGGCUUUGAUCUACCUGGCACUGCAGCUGGCCUGCAUCACCCUCACCAACUUCUCACUGGGCUUCCUGCUGGCUGCCACCAUGGUACCUGCUGCUGUGCUCACCAAGCCCUACGGGCCCCGGCCACUGUACGCUGCACUGCUGGUGCUGACAAGCCCAGCAGCCACACUCCUGGGCAGCCUUUUCCUGUGGCGGGAGCUGCAGGAGGCUCCACUGUCACUGGCUGAGGGCUGGCAACUCUUCCUUGUGGCGCUAGCGCAGGGGGUGCUGGAGCACCAUAUCUAUGGUGCUGUACUCUUUCCGCUGUUGUCUCUGGGUCUCUACCCCUGCUGGCUGCUCUUCUGGAAUGUUCUGUUCUGGAGGUGACUGCCUGCUUUGUGGCAUGAAAAUGGGUGGGCACUCUCUAGGCACCCCAUAUCCGCUCCUUCUUGGGAAAUAAACAGACGUCUUGUUUCAGCUGCC